AUGGCCUCCUCACUAUCCCUCCCCACCGCCCGCCCCUACACCUACACCUUCCCCCCCUCAACCACCGCCCUCCUCCUCAUCGACAUGCAACGCGACUUUGUCGACCCCUCAGGCUUCGGCUCCAUCCAAUGCGGCAACCCCGAGAUCUUCUCAGCGGUGCGCAAAAUCGUGCCUACACUACAGCGCGUCCUUGAGGUCUCGCGGUCUCUCGGGAUGCAAGUGAUACAUACCCGCGAAGGCCAUCGCCCGGACCUGUCAGACCUCCCGCAGUCCAAGAAAGUGCGGCAGGUGAACGCGCCGAAUGGGCAUCAUAGCAUGGGGAUUGGGGAUCAGGGACCCAUGGGCCGGUUAUUGGUGCGCGGGGAGUACGGGCAUGAGAUUAUUGACGAGCUAAGACAGUUACCUGGGGAGCCGGUGAUUGAUAAACCAGGCAAGGGGAGUUUUUGGGGGACGGGGUUGCAUCGGGUGUUGCUUGCGAGGGGGAUUACGCAUAUUUUGUUUGCGGGGGUUACGACGGAGUGUUGUGUUACUACGACGUUGAGGGAGUGUAAUGAUCGGGGGUUUGAGUGCUGUAUUCUGUCUGAUUGUACGGGUGGGUUUGAUCAGCAGAUGGUUACUACUUCUAUGGAUAUCAUCUGUGGUCAAGAUGGAUUAUUCGGGUAUAUUGGCGAUAGUACGGAUUUUCUUGCGGCGGCAUCAAAAGCUAACACGCUUACACCACCAACUACACCACCUGCAACAGAGGAUAUAUUGCCUUCAAUUUCCGAACUUCAAAAAGGUUACAAAAGUGGUCUAUUUGACCCCGAGACAACCGUAACCUCAGUAUUCGAACGCAUCGAAAAAUACAAAGCAAUCGACCCAGCAGUCUGGAUCUCAAUCCAACCAAAAGAGCAAGUUCUCUUAGCAGCAAAAGCCCUCUCCGCAAAAUACGCCGGCAAACCACUCCCACCACUCUAUGGCAUUCCCUUCGCACUAAAAGACAACAUCGACGUCUCCGGCAUCCCCACAACAGCAACCUGCCCUCAAUUCGCUUACACACCCACCUCUACCGCCCCAGCAGUCCAACACCUCCUCGACGCCGGCGCCCUCUACAUCGGCAAACUCAACAUGGACCAGCUCGCCACCGGCCUCUCAGGCUGCCGCUCCCCCUACGGUACUCCCCACAGCGUCUACAGCACAUCCCACAUCUCCGGUGGCUCCUCGUCUGGCUCGGCCGUAGCAGUGGCAGCCGGCCUCGUCUCCUUCACCCUCGGCACCGACACCGCGGGCAGCGGUCGUGUUCCUGCGGCACUAAACGGUAUCGUGGGAUUCAAACCGACCAAAGGCACGAUUUCCGCGCGUGGCGUCGUGCCGGCGUGUAAAUCCCUCGAUACGCUGUCAAUUAUGGCGCCGACGCUGGCGGAAGCGAGGAGCGUGUGGUAUAUCCUCGACGUGCACGACGCGUUGGAUCCGUAUGCUAAACCGCCGCUGUCGUUGAAUUUGUGGAAAAGUGAUUAUCGCGGUGCUAGAAAUGGGGGGUUCACAUUCGCCAUCCCGCCGCCGUCAGAACUCUCAGCGUGUACAGAGGAAUACGCAACCCUCUUCGCCGGCACCGUAGAAAAACUGCGUUCCCUCGGCGGCCGCCUCGUCGAAAUAGACUACACGCCCUUCGCCCAGGCCUCCGGCCUCCUCUACAACGCCUCCCUAGUCCACGAACGCCUCUCCAGCAUCGGCCACUCCUUCCUAACCACACACCUCACCUCGCUGCACCCAACAACACAAUCCCUCUUCGCAUCCGCCCUCACCACAGACCUCAAACCCUGGCAAGUCUUCCACGACCAAGACCUGCAAAGACAAUACACCAUGGCGGCCCAACGCACAUUCGACACGCUCGAAGGCGGGAUCGACGUGCUGCUCGUGCCGAGCACGCCGUGUCAUCCGACGAUUGCGGAGAUGGAGGCGGAGCCGUUGAGUUUGAAUGCGAAGAUGGGCACGUUUACGCAUGCGGGGAAUGUGGUUGAUUUGUGUGGUGUGAGCGUGAAUGCGGGGUGGACAGGGGAGAAGCUGCCGUUUGGGGUGACGUUUUUGGGAGGAAGUGGGUAUGAUGGGAGGGUGUUGGAUAUUGCUGCUGUUUUUGAGGAGGGCAUUUCUGGAGAGAGUAAAGCGUGA